AGAAUAUUAUUUUCCAGCUGAUUCGGUUUCUUUUACCUCUCAUUUUCUUUGGCAUUUAUUUACACUUUACUCUAUUCACCUGCGCAUUCUGAACGAAUUGUCAGCUUGUGCUUUUUGUUUUUUUGCAGCAACAGUUGUUCGGCGCAUUAGAAAGCAAGGGGCUCCCGUGCACAGCGAUUACCACAACGGCCGACUACCGGCAUAACGACAAACACGCACUGGUUCCGCUGUUGCAGUGCGGCACAUAUAAUGCUCUGGCCAGCUUUUGCCCGCAAGCCAAAAGCCGCAGACCACAUAAAAACGCACACUCGCCCACCAGCCGCCCCGCGGGCAUGCACAUGGCGCCGAACGCCGCUGUAGUGUCCUCCUCGCCGGAGCUGGACUGCUUGAGGCCGAGCAAGCCUUUAUCUAACUUGCAAGGUGGUGCCAGCGCGUCGGAUGCCGCGGCGAUGUUAGAAACGCUCUCAUCCUCGAGCGCGUGGGCAGCGGCGGUGGUGGUCCCCAAAGAAAGGAGGCCGUGGAACCAGGUUUUGCGGCGUAUGGUUCAGCGCUCACGAGCGGCCCACGACCCGCUGAUGUCGCCAUCAACGAAGGACUUUGAUUCAUUUGCACACUCUGUUGCCAGGCGCGCGGAAUGUGGCCUUUUAGAAAGCAUUGGCGAUGCCAUAGCGUCGCCGCUGCCUCGCUCGGAAACACACAUGGUUGGCGUGAAGGCAGAUUGCGACUUAGAAGUCCAGGGUGAAGGUACCGCCCAAGGCGACUCGCGUAGCUUUUACGCGCCACAGCUGUUUUCUGGGAAGAUGGACGAAUCAGGCGAUGUGGCUGACCCUGCAUUGUGCGACUCGAACGUAUGCAGGCUAGCAAUCUCGGAACCUAGUCGCAGCCGUGCUGUGCCGCUAGCCAUUCCCAACAUUGCUGUGCCUACGCGCCUGGGAGAUAAUUUGGUUAUCAUGUCAUGCAGCCAUAAUGAAAUUGCGAUAUCCGAGACAGGGAGCAGCCCGGCGUCUAGCAUUGCCCUGGGCCCGCUGUUGCUGCGCGGCAUCUCUGUGCAAUAUGGUAUACAAAUUUCGCAACUGAAGCGCCUGAAUCGGAUUUGGAAUUCCAGCGAUAUUGCCACCCGCGACUACCUGUACAUCCCCUUGCGGAUGUGCUCGCCAAAGUUUUCUGUCGCGUAUAUUGAGUAUGCCAAUGCUGCACACCAGCCAGAGAUGGAGAUACGCCACGGCCCUGGCAUAAGUACCCCAUACAUUGAUCUCAUAGAGGUAGCGCUGGAUCCAGCGCCCUGUCCCUCACCUCCAGACCACCCGUCAGGACCAGUGCAUCUGCAUCCAGCUCGCAAGCAGUGGUGGCCUCUUGUCACCUACGAGAGUAUCCAGCGGCAUUUUUCGUUUGUCAUGUAACACUACUUAUAUUUGUUUUGUCCAUAAUUGUUUUAAUAAUACUCAAUACUACAAUUGUUUUUUACGAAAACUCUGCUUGGCUUGCAAACAACUCGUG